UUUUAAGGUUAUGUUUAUGUGUCAAAUUAGAAAUUGCAUCUCUAAAAAUCUAUAAAAAUGUUUUAAAAAUAAAAAUUUAUUGAAUUACGGGUUCGAGGAUGUUUCGAAGAGUACUUAGCACGGUUAUGGAGGGUACGGUUAACCCUCACUAUGAACCAUUAGCUUAUACAAGCCCUUUUACUCAUCAGGAUUUAUUACAUUUACAAUGGUUAAAUGGAAUAGCUCCAUGUUUUCCUGUAAAAGCAAAAAAUAUCAGCAUAAUUGCGGAACCCUGUCAAUUUUAUAAUACCAUUAUCGAGAAGUGUGCAAAAGCCACAAAACGAAUAACUUUGGUUAGUUUAUAUCUAGGUAAUGGUAAUUUAGAAACAAAUUUAGUUAAUGCUUUAAUGUCAAAUACAAGUUUUAUAAAUGGUCAAUUGGAUAUAAACGUAUUAUUGGAUUACACAAGAGGUAGCCGAUUCAAGAAUAAUUCUCGUACAAUGUUAUUGCCCUUAUUAAACAAAAACGACCGAAACUGCCAAAUUUCAUUGUAUCACACGCCGAUUUUAAGGGGAUUACGCAAAAAAUUAGCCCCGAAUCGUUGGAAUGAACUUUUCGGACUACAACACAUGAAGUUAUAUAUCUUCGACGAUACCCUGAUUAUAAGUGGUGCUAAUUUAUCAAAAGAUUAUUUUACGAAUCGACAAGAUCGGUAUUUUGUUAUCGAAAAUAAAAAUAUAUGUGACUUUUAUUGCGGACUCGUAAAAUGCGUCCAAGCGUUUAGCUUAAAACUUGAUAAAUUAAACAACAUCGGAUUAAAUACUGGAUGGACUCAAUUACCGUAUGAGGGAAGCAAAAAUAAAUUUAUUCAACAAGCCGGUGCGUUAAUUCAGAAAUUUUUAAACGACACCAAAGAAGAACAAAACUAUCAAUUAAAAAAUGGUUAUGAUACUUGGGUGUAUCCGUUGGUGCAAAUGGGGCAACUCGGCGUCAAACAAGACGCUUUCGUAACAGAGUGUUUAUUAGCUAAUGCUCCAACAUCAACUAAACUAUACAUUGCAACUGGUUAUUUUAAUUUAACACAUAGAUAUAUGCAAACAAUUAUUUAUAAUUCAAACGCCCAGUGCAAAUUAUUGAUGGCUCACCCAAACGCGAAUGGUUUUAAAGGUGCAAAAGGCCCCGCAGGUGGUAUUCCCGAUGCUUAUAGUUUACUAGCUCAAAAAUUCCGGAAGAAACUCGAAAAAUUGGGUCAAAAUGAUCGAGUGACGUUUCAAGAGUACCUGCGACAAGGAUGGACUUAUCAUGCUAAAGGGUUGUGGUAUUACACAGAAAAUUCAAGGUACCCAAGUUUAACAUUAAUUGGAUCCCCGAAUUUCGGCGAACGAUCCGUUAAAAGAGAUUUGGAAACACAAAUUGCGAUCAUCACCGAAAACGAGGAGUUAAAAAAAGAGAUGCACAAUGAAUGUCAAAGGUUGUACGGUUUAGGCCUACCUGUUACAGAAUACAGGAUAAUCCCCAAAUGGGUUUAUGCAAUGGUCUUUUUAUUUCGUGGAUAUUUCUAGUUUUUUUUUUUUUUUUACAAGAAGAAUGUUGAGUUAUGAACAGUAUUUUUUGUUACUUUUUCAGAAUCAUAACA